AUGUUUCCCACUUCUUCAUCGUGCCGCCAGCUCAUCUCUCUCUCUAUCCCAUCCCGAAGCAAGAAGUACUAUCCAGGAUGGCGCGACCCAUUCAGCCUCACCGACUAUGACAACCUGAGUAAGGGGUAUCCCUCUGUUACAGAUCAGUGGGAGAGUGAGUGGUCAUCGACCAAAGUUGUUCCGCAUGAAUUGAAGGCGUUUGAUAUAAAUAGGCUUCCUCACCAUCUUGUUGCUCGAAAUAGACGUGUCCCACUUCCAGUCAAAUACGACCACGAGCGGCGAUUAGCUUAUCAGCGGCGAUUAUUUGGUGUUUGUGGACUCUCAAGCGGUGUCAACCCGUGCACACUAUUCGAUUCAUGUGAGUUUUUGGCGAAGGAAAAUGAAUUAAGAAAACGGUUGGAGCCAGAUAUUGAGGAGUUUAAACGGAUGGAAGCUGAGGAGAAGGCGAUGAAAGCGAAGGUGGAGGAAGAAAAGAUUCGCAAAAUCACGGAGAAUCUGGAGCGCUUGCCUGAAAUCAUGGAAAAAUAUCGAGCUAACCAGGAGAAGAAGGCACAGGAGAUACGAUCUCAGGAAGGGAAAAGGCGACAACUUCUGGAGGAGGCAUGUUUCUUUUCCAUUGUUGCUCGGGAUCGAUUCGGCUAUUACGUUGAUCGUCGUGAUCCGAAAUUCCUAAAAAUGGUCGAGGAGAAGCAGGAGGAGGCGAAAUUGGCAAAGAAGGCCUCGAAGAAGAAAUAG